UCAGAAACCUCUCACAUUUGUCACCUUUCUUUCUCACAAUUUCACUUCUCACCUAAGCUUUUUAAGCCUCCUUUUUCUACAUUUUCAUUUUCAUUUUUUUCCUUUAAAAAAAAAAAGAAAAUUAUUUUUAUUUUCAUUUUUAUCAGAAACAAACAGAGCCACUAGGAAAAGAAAAAGCUUCAUGUGACUGUGACAAUGGAAGCUAAACCUCUUCAAAUUGUUCCCUCUUCACACAACAACACCUAUGGAGGUGGGUCCCAUAAGAAGAUUAACAUGGAGAAUGGUGAAGUUGGCGAAGAAGGGAAAAGGGUUGUUGUUGUAGUGAAGGAAGAGGAAGAAAACCCUUUGAAGAUCACAACAUGUCACCACAACAAGUGUUGUUUGUUCACAGAAGCUCAAAGGCGUGAGCUUGAUUAUCAAGUUUUCAUCUUUAACCAUUUUGCAUAUAACCUUCCUAUUUCUCAUUGCCGUUUCCAAUUUCCAACUAAUAUGUCAGAGUGCACUCGUCUUGGUUCUGAUUAUGCGACUAUGGUGGAUUCAGAACCACAAAGAUGUAGAAGAACCGAUGGAAAGAAAUGGAGGUGCAGUAAGAACACAUUACCUAAUCAGAAGUAUUGCGAACGCCACAUGCAUAGAGGUCGUAACCGUUCAAGAAAGCUCGUGGAAACAGCUCAAGUUAACUCUUGUUUGACAACAACAAAGCCUAGUAGCAAGUCACAUGAAAACUCUCUGGUCAUUCAACAUAGUGACACAUUCUCAUACACUCCAUCAAGAAGCUUCUGUGUCGUAAAUACCUCUUCGGAUUGUAAUCGGUCGAGAAAUGUCAUAGAUUCUGAUAACUAUCACACUUCCUUUUCUGCUGUGGUGAAUCCUUGUUCCACUUUGGCCUCUGCUGUUAAACCUAAGGUGACUACUUUCGGCAGCACGGAAUCUGUUACUUCAGAUAAUACAAGUCGUGAUUAUGUGUGCAAGCAAGAUGAACAGACGAAGGGUUGUAUUGGCAACGACACUAGUAUUAAAAGUCGUAGGAAAGGAAGCAUUUCUUGUGAAGGUAAUGGUGUCUCUACUGGAAUAGGCUUCUCCCCAAAGAGUGUUCUUCAAGUUUCUGGUUGCAAUGCUUCAUAUCUCAACCACAGCAACAACAGUACAGUAGAACCUGAACCCGGUAGAUGCCGAAGAACAGACGGUAAAAAGUGGCGAUGCAAGAGCGCGGUUCUUCCUGGUCAGAAGUAUUGUGCAACACAUAUGCAUAGAGGCGCUAAAAGGCGUUUUACAAACAACGAAUCUCCUCCCUCUGCCACUGGCGCUGCUACUACAGCUACUAUUACUUCUGAAGUUACCAUUGCUCGUUUGCCUUACCCUUCGGCCGCAACCAACAUUCAGAAAGCAUACUGUACAAUUCCAAACACAAAGCUUUCGAUGUCGGUACCAGAAAGUGAACCUUUCAUAAAAUGUAAUGAGAAAAGUGGUAGCUGCAGUGACACUGAUACUAGUACUACCAUCACUGAUACCAUCAAUGAGUGUAGCUAUGUUUCUUUCUAAAUAGUUUUGUUUCAUUUCUUGAAACAUGUUUUGUUUUGUGUUAAUAUGAACAAGUUAACCUAUCUGCAAACUUAGAUAAAUUAUGUGUGUAGUGAACAGUUGUUUAAAUACACUUUGAGUUUUGUUUAUAUUAAAGAAUGAAGAUAGUACUUAUUACC